AUGGCUCAUUCUUGGAUUCCAACUAAUGCGGCACUUGCUCGCCGUAACAUUCAAGUUGAGCCUUACUGUAGCCGCUGUUCUAAUGGUGAUUACGAAACUGUUUUUCAUGCACUUUGGAACUGUAGGGUGAACCGUGAGGUGUGGACUUCUGAUGGUUUCUAUGGGAAGAUUCAAAGAUUGGGGAGGGAGGAUUAUGUUCGCAAUUCUGUUACUCAUGGGGGUCAUAAACCCCAAGCUAGUGCUAUUUUGGAAUGGUGUAGUAAGUACCUCAGUGAGUUUCGACAAAGUAAUGUCCCUAAAUGUGAUCGGGCUCGUAGGGAGACUGCUUGUUGGCUACCACCAGCCACAGAGGAAUUCAAAAUUAAUGUGGAUGCUGGGGUGAAAGUGGGGGCAGGAGUAGCUAGUACAAGCUUGGUGGUGCGUGAUUAUGUUGGGGCUAUUCAUUCGGCUGCUGCAACAGUGGUGAUGCAGGAAAUGACUCCACUUCAAGCCGAGUUGCAGGCGAUUGCUAGGGGGCUGCAAGCUGGAAUACAGUGUCAGUUGUCGGCCUUCUCUGUGGAAUCCGAUUGCCUACAGGUUGUGAAGUUAGUGCAGCAAGAAGAGGGUGGAUGCAGAGAUGUUGAUGGGGUUCUUGCUCACAUUAAAAGCUUGCUGCAGAAUGUGAGGGUGAGAGGGCUUUCAUUUGUUUUUAGGGAAGCAAAUCAAGUAGCUCAUGUAUUAGCCAAUGAAGCUUUGAAUAACAAAGCUAGUGCCAUGUGGGUUGGGGUUGUUCCCCCUUGUGCGAGUCAAGCUGUGUGA